AUGGCAGUUCAUCAGCUGCAAUCACCAGCCAACACCAGUUCUGGGCAUAUCGCCGUCAAUUCUCAGAAAGUCGACAAGGGGUCCAAGAAUGUCGAGUCUGAUGUCACCCAGAGAGAUACUUCGACUGAAAACCAGGGACUCUUCUUGGACAACACGGAAGAAGCCUGGCCCUCCGCCUCUCAUGGUUCAAUGGGUCCAACAACCUCCAUCCCGGACGAGCCCGAGGGAUAUGAGGAAUCCGAGGAGUCCGAAACCACUGCCGGGCUGCCGCCUGGCAUUCCCAGUCCCACGUUGGAUGAUUUAAUCGAUGAAGUGAUUUCCGAAUGGUCCGAAGACUCCAAAUCAGAGCAGAAUUGCUUGCCGAACGAACAGAUGGCAACGCUGGUUUCACUACAGCAACUUCAGCAAGGCCACCCACUCAGCGAAAAAGGUCGGUGGGAAGCAUUCAAGCGCAAUGCGUUUUUUUGGAGGGACUCGAGACGACGCACCUCGAUGAAGGGCUACAAUGAGAAAGGACAUGCCAAGGGCAAGAAACACGAUGACGAUUUCUUCACCCUGGCCGACUGGCUUGGACGCACUCGAACAUUCGCCGGCGCAGAUUCCCCUGAAGCGAAUCAGACUAACGGCCCAGAGAUGUCACUGGCUUUGCGCCUUUUCGUUCUGCUGCUGAUAUCGCUCAUCUUACUCUUCUUGAGGACCCAGUUCGUCGGGCCAAUUUCCAUGGCAUGGGUCGCCACGUCCUUCGUCACAGCCCUGUCCAUCUUGUGUGUUUUCUUGAUCAUCUUCAGCUUGUUCAUGAUCGUGUCGAUUACCUUCUUACCUGGAUCCCGUUAUCGUGUAGAAGGCGAUAUGUACAGUCCUGAUCACGCAUUUUCAUUUACACAGUAUCUAUGA